UCUGAGGGUUAACAGGCUAAUAUGAGAUGUAUAUGAACAAUUUAAAGACAGGAAUAGAAUAGAACAAGAUGAUUGUAAACAAAAGAAAAUAGGGGUGUGUGGGUUGUGUGAACAUGAAAUCCUGGACACGUGCACCUGUCCAAUAGUGUUUAAAAUAUUGGGGUGGAUUGUGGUUACUAGGAUGCAGAUAGAGAUGAAGGCCUCUCUGAAACAUAACAACAGCAUCACUCCCCACAGUCUACCAUUGCUGCGAUCUGUGGGAGCCAGAGAGGAGCCCUGUAGAGUGAUUGGCGUGCAGCACAGCCAAUGGAGAGGCUCGCUGACGCACGACGCGGACCAAUCCAGUGCCUCUGUGGGCGGGGCUUCGUCCGUGCAUUCUGAUUGAAUCGGUCCAGUUUGUAUUAGUUGGACGAGCAAGGAAGGGGGAGCAGGAAGAAACGAAGGAGGGGGUUACCCUUUCACUAAACUGUGUGGAGAUACCGGCCGGGCGUUGCUCUGUUUUCCCAGAUGCGGAGUGAUUUGAGAGAAAGCAGGGCGCGCCAAAUCGUGACGCCUUAUUGUCUGAGAUGCCUGGAUCUUCCCAGGCUGCCUGUACGAGGAUGCAUCGGAUGAGAAGUGCGCAGGGAUGCCUCCGUUGAACAUGCACAAACAGGGCGUCUGUUACCAUGUUGCUAUGAUGAAGGCUCCUUCCUUUUUGUUGUGAUCCGCGCACCGCUCUGUGGACACAAAACGCUCCUCUCGUCCGUUACCAAUGAAGAGCAUUGCGCACUGCAGUGAAAACAGGAUAUCGUGUUGUGGAUUUUGAAUUGGCUGGUGAGUAUUAUACCUAAUGAACUGCUACUCAUCUGGGUAUCAAUCCCCCCAGUAUAAGCUGUGUGCAUCCUGCAGAGCGUGUUGCUCCACGUUCAAUGUGAGCAGCUUUGUCCAGUGGUGAGAGCCACUCUCCAAAGGGAACAGAUGAGAGGCAAACAAUACCAUCCACCACUGAAGUUGACAGCGCCUUGGGAGAAGGAUGCUGGCUUUGGGAGGAAGCUUAAAACCUACAGGAAUCAUACCAAGAUAAUAGCACAGCCUGGGCUCGUGAUGAAAGUCCUCCGCAGGAAGAGGAUUGUGUUAUUCAUGGCCUACUUCUUACUGCUGGUCCUCACGAUGCUUAACUUGGCUAAUUAUAAAUGGACUAAGGAGCCUCAGCAGUGUAACCAUCAGAUGAGGAGCACCACUUAUCAGGGCAGAUCUGACAUUCGCUUCCUGUACAGGCCCUCUCUGGCUAAAAAGAGGCAGCUCAUCUACGUGCUGACCACCUGGAGGUCGGGGUCCUCCUUUUUCGGGGAGCUUUUUAACCAAAACGCAGAAGUGUUCUUCUUGUACGAGCCCAUGUGGCACAUCUGGCAGAAACUGUACCCUGGCGACGCGGUGUCUUUACAGGGAGCAGCCAGGGACAUGCUGAGCUCCUUGUACCGCUGCGACCUGUCUGUUUUCCAACUUUACAACAGCCCCGGGGGCAAGAAUUUUACCUCCCUGGGACUGUUUGGGGCCACCCUCAAUAAAGUGGUGUGCUCCUACCCCCUCUGCUCAGCCUACAGGAAAGAGGUGGUGGGGAUGGUGGACGAUAAGGUGUGUAAAAAGUGCCCCCCUCAAAGCCUUAGACUGUUGGAGGAGGAGUGCCUCAAAUAUAGCACCAUAGUCAUUAAAGGGGUACGCAUUUUGGACGUUAACGUGCUGGCCCCCCUCAUGGAGGACCCAUCGUUGGAUUUGAAGGUGAUACACCUGGUCAGAGACCCGCGGGCCGUGGCUAACUCCAGGAUCAAAUCCAGACACGGCCUGAUAAGGGAGAAUUUACAGGUGGUGCGCAGCAGGGAUCCUAAACUUCGCCGGAUCCCUUUCGUGGAUCCCGGUCACAAAGCCAACAAGAAGGACGGCGCGGACUACCACUCCAUCGGAGCCAUGGAGGUGAUCUGCGACCGCACCUCCAAGACUUUGAGGACUGCCUUAAACCCGCCCAGCUGGCUGAAGGGGAAAUACAUGGCGGUGAGGUACGAGGACCUGGUGGAGAACCCUGUAAAGACCCUGAAGAACAUCUACCACUUCGCCAACCUCACCGCCAACCACGACAUCGAGACGUUUGCCCUGAACAUGACCAGCGGCUCCAGCUCCUCUUCCAAGCCCUUCAUCGUCUCGUCCAGGAACGCCACACAAGCUGCUAGUGCAUGGAGAACAGUGCUGAGCAUUCAACAGAUCAAACAAGUGGAGGACUACUGCCACCACGCCAUGUCUGUUCUGGGCUACGAGAGAGUCAGAACAGCCGGGGAGGCCAAGGACUUGAGCAAACCACUACUGACACACUCCAAACUGUGAAAUCGACCACCAAAGACCUUUUAAUUUAAUGUUGCAUUGAGUGCCGUUUCUUCUUCUUCUUAUCGUGGAAUUAAAAAGCUUUACUUUCAAUCACUGUUGGAGGAGCUCCACUGGCCUCACUGGGAAUGUAUCAUGUUUCUCUCCGUUGACUCGCAGUGGUGUUUGAAGGGACCACUUUCUUUUAUACUGGAAUAUUGGAUGUGUUUGACAAUGCAAAGGCCUUUUGAUCAAGGAUUUAAAUAGUGACGCUGCAAGGAAAAGGAAAAAAAGAACAACUGUAUACUUCAUGUAUCUUGUUAUGAUGACAUUUUCAAAGUGGGGUUAUUUUUUGAAUGUUCCAAACCUUACAAAAAAAACUGUUUUUUCAGUCUCCAUACUGUCUGUAAAAGUGAAAAUAGUUGAAAAAAAAACACAGAUCAACUGAGAAAAAGCCCAUUGCUGAUGUCUGUUUGUAAGACCUGGUUUAAGUCAGAGACAAUCAAUUGGUUUGUUGAUGUGCCAUAGGUAGAGGUGUGAUGACUAGGCUACAUCGGAGCAGCGUUAGUGCUACGUCUAGAUUUCUAAAAGACUAUGUUUUGAUUUCUCACUAUAAAUCCUCAUAGGAUGAUAUCAUGCACUGUGGACUGUGUCAUGCCUCUGGAGCUGGAAGUCUCUGUGUGUCAGUGUAAGCAGUCUGUUCUACCAUUUCAAAUGUUUACAAUUGCUUGCUCUUAUAAAAAACACAUGGUCUGGGAAUAUUGCAUUGAGUAAAGUUCACAGUUAACAAGACGGUUUUACGCUUUUGUGUUGAAGAAACCCACACAUGUAAAUCAUGAUACAAAACAUAACAAAAACUGUGGUUCUCAAAGUACGGUGCAUGAGAAACAGUUACACAUUUAAAGGGGCCCCAUAAUGCCGAUUUUCAGGGUCAUAGUUGUAUUUAGUGGCUCAACUGUGACAUUUUUACUUGCUUUAAUGCUCAAAAAGCUCUUUAUUUUUCUCCUUUACAUACACAAAAACACACUACAGGAAAGGGAAAACCCCCAAAAGCAUAAUACUGGAUGUAAUCAAUAUUGUUAUAACAAGAUACGCUAUUAACAUAUAUUUUAAUAACAAAGAUUUUUCCAAGGCAUACCUUAUUCCAGUGCAUAAUUCAGUGCCCUUCCUCACCAUUUGAAAACCAUGCAGGAGUAAUGUCACACAUGUGUUGCUAUUAGCUACAUAACUUAAAGGCCCCCUGUGGAGUUUUACUGUAAACACAUUUUUCUACCAUUCAGCGUUUCUCACCCACAAAAAUGUGUGUAUUCUGGAGGUCUAAGUGAGGUGUUUAAUGAAUAAUUUACUGGUUUAAGUCGAUGUUUCAUUUCUAGCAGUCUUAUCGUGCAUUUGCUGAUGCAUUGAUGCCUUUCUUUGUGAUUAACAGCUGCUUUCACUUCAGUAGAAAUGUUCAUAGCACGCAUUAGCAUUCGUGGGAACGAAAACAAACAAAGGAAGGUUGUUUAAUGAUACUAGUGGUCAAAAACUCCACAGGGUGCCUUUUUAAGUACGUGUCGUAAAGUGUGUUUCCUAAUAAUUAGAAAUACUGUAUUCAUUAUUCACUAUGACUCGUGACAAAUCGGCUCAAAAAGGGAAAUACACUUUUAUCAAAUGACUUGAAUACAAAGGUAAAAGUCUAAGAGAGCACUUAUAACAAAGCUAAAUUUCCACCACCUACUCCAUCCAGAUUUCAAUGUGAGUGCUGAGAUGUACAGAUUUGAUCUUGCUUCAGUAAAACAGCUCAGUAACAUUCGGUUUGCGAUACUCAAAGUGCCCAAAAAUGAUAUAUGAAAAGCUCAGAACAA